AUGAGUCAAAUAAAUGCGCGUUUGUCGUGCGCAAGUAAAAAUGCUUUUCUAGCAUCUAUUGAAUCUGCUGAAGAAAAUGAACAUAUCAGAAGUUUAUUAUUGGAUGAAAAUGUGGAAAGUGCAUAUAUCGGUUUACAAUCAGUUCCGUACGAUGUAACACAACGAUAUUUCUGUACCGGUGAAACGAUCGAUUAUACAAAUUGGUUAUCCGGAAAACCGGAUAAUAAAAAUAUAAAAGAUAAUGGUUGUGUUAUAUUAAAUGCUAAAAAUGGCAAAUGGAUUGAUUACAGUUGUGAUGCUAAUGAUGAAUUAGGACCUUGGGCAACUAUUUGCCAAAUUAAAGAUACCCGGGAAGAAUAUGAUGAGUUAAAAUGCCCUAAAGGAUUUGAAUAUUGUUCAAAUACAAAAAAUUGUUAUAAGGUAAUAAUAAAGGAAAAAGGAAUGAAUCAAACAGAGGCGCAAAAUGAAUGUAAAACUUAUAAUGCGCAUCUUGUAAGCAUUGAUUCGGAAGAGGAAAAUCAAUUUGUUUCUGAUUUAUCAAUGAAACAUCCACUUUCGGCAAUGCGUAUAUUUAUUGGAUUAGAAUUACAUCAAACUGAUGAUAUUAGUGAACAGCAUUGGUUAGAUGGUACAACAAUUGAUUAUACAAAAUGGGAUUAUAUGAAACCGGAUAAGGAACGUGUUCGUCCGGAACAUGAAUGCGUGAUAAUGAUUCCGGAACGACAUGGUGUAUGGUCGAAUUGGUCAUGUGCUGAUUCAUGUUGCGCUAAACAUGCUAUUUAUGGAGCUAUUUGUGAAAUUGAUCAUGAUGAUAAGAUAAUAUAA